AUGUCCCUUGAGAUGUGGAGAUUUCUAAAGAGGCGCACCCAAGGAGAGGGCCUUGCACUGACCGAGUACUGGCUGCCUUCUGAGCCGUUCCCACUAGGCUCGAACAUACAAGUGGUCAACCUCCCUGCCGACAGAUACGACGCUCCAGCAGGCCUUCCAGUCACCGUCUCGGGCUGGGGCGACGCCCCUCCGGGCUGGGGCAUGAACGGCUCCAGCCCAGUGUACCUGCAGCGGGCGGACAUGCACGUCGUGGACCGCGACACCUGCCGUGAAAUGAUGGCCGACAUCUCGCCACUGACGCUGGGCAUGGUGUGCGCUGGGGACCCCACCAUGGCCGCCUGCCAUGGGGAUUCGGGCAGUCCCCCGGUCUAUGGGGACACCCAGAUCGGCAUUGUGUCUUGGAGUCGGCCGGAUUGCAUCAGUGCCACUGCCGUCUACGCCAACAUGGGCACUUUCCGAGCCUGGAUGAGGAACAACACAGGAGUUUAA